AUGCGCCCAUUUCCGCGGGAAACCAUAUCAGCGUUGCUGGUGCUGCUGCUCCUGGCAUUGACCACUGCCAAACCAAAGACUAAAACCCAACAACAAGACAGUGCCGUUUGCUCGGAAGGCGAUGGCACUUGCAGUAGUACUCGCCACCUCGAAGAGUGUGGGAUCUGGUUGGCUCCCUCCAGUUUGCCAGGAGCUGGAUUGGGAAUGUAUGCGGGCAGAGAUUUUGCCAAGAAGGAGCCACUGCAGGAAACUGGAGAUAUUGUCAUUCCCAUCGUCGAUAUUAUGAUGCAUCAAAGAGGGAGAGGGCGUUGGGUUUUUGUGUGGGAUGAAUAUACAUGGAAUGGAAAGAGUUUGGGUCUUGGCCACGAAGUGAUCAAAGAGAUCAAUGCGGCUUCUCCCGGCUUUGGAUCUGCCGCCAACUCCUUUCUGGACCUUGUCAAUGUAGACGAAGGGGAUCCCAUAAAUACCAUGCCUAGUGGAUUACACCGUUCCAGAGAUCCCGGAGUCGGUGCAUUUUCCACCUACAACGAUCGUCGGUCCACAGCCAAGGUCAAAAUCAAAUCUGGACAAGAGCUGUUUGUGAACUAUGGUCAGCAUUGGUUUGAGCAGCGCAUUCGGUUAGGACCCAUUCCACUCCGACGUGGCCUGAAACAAUCUACAAAUUUGUAUCGAAGGUUCCAAAUGUUUCGUGACAAAAACCCACAGGUGGAUUCCAAAGUGUUCGGCGCGCUAUGGGAGGAAUUCGUCAAGCACACGGUGUAUAAUGAAUCUCGGAUCCUGGGAGCCUUCUACAAUACACCGUCGGAACUGGAAAUGCUGGACAGAAACAUGACACUCAAACAAAUCCGAGUCCAUGAAGGCACACGAACGAAACAAUGGCUAUUUGACCAUGGAACCUGUGCCGAUCACAUUCGAGCUGAUGUUUCCACCAUUCGACAGGCUGGAAGGGGCGCAUUUGCUACGCGGGAUCUGCCAAAUGGUGCUAUCGUUUCAUCACUGCCAUUGAUUCAAAUCAUCAACAAGAAUGUGUUGGAAAUGUACGAAUUAAAAGACAUCAAAACCAGGAAACUGGAACAGAGGAGAAGAGUUGGAUAUCAGCUGCUCCUGAACUACUGUUAUGGACACGUAAACUCGACAAUGUUGCUCUGCCCCUAUGGCCCGAUUGUCAACAUGGUGAACCACAACCAGACAAGAGCCAAUGUGAAGCUGCGGUGGUCAGACCCUGAAAGAGGGAACCACGAGCCAGGCAUGCUGCAGCAGCCAAUUGAUACCUUUUCAGAGGACAGGACAACCAAGCUGUCCAUGGAUCUGGUGGCCAUUCGGGAUAUCAAGAAGGAUGAAGAAAUCUUGCUGGACUAUGGGGAUGACUGGGAAAAGGCUUGGCAAGAGCAUGUAAAGUCGUGGAACAUAACUGAUGCCGACAAAUACAUUUCUGCAUUCAUGUUGAAUCAGGAAGAAAACACCACUUCCUUGCGGACAGAAUUCGAACAGCUGUCCGACCCAUAUCCAGGCAACGUCAAUUUGGAAUGUGAUUUGAACAUUUGGGAAGGGAUAAACAAAACUCUCUUCAAUACGACCCUUGUAAUCAACAUCACUAGUACAGACGACUGGGAGUACUAUCCUUGCGAAGUGCUUCGACGUCGAGUUGUCAAUGGGACAACACUCUACACAAUCAGCAUGACACGCCCACCAAAAGAAAAAAAGAAGGACAUCAAAGUACCAGCGGAUUCCGUUCCCAAAAACCUCAAACUAUCAGACGUCCCCAGGAUGGCUAUGCGCUUUACAGAUCGCCCGUACACAUCCGACAUGUUUCUCAAGGAAGCUUUCCGCCAUCACAUUGGUAUCCCUGACAGUAUGUUCCCCUUGGAAUGGAUGAACUACUCUCCAAUCUAG